AUGGCAGAUACUGGCUGCCACGGUAAUAUAAUGGUGAUUACUUUAAACUUCAGAUUGGGAAUACUUGGUUUUAUGAAGCCAAGCACAACAGAACAUGAAUACGGUAAUAAUGGACUGCUGGAUCAGCUUGCAGCACUCACCUGGAUCAAGGACAAUAUACAGGAUCUAAACGGAGAUCCUACAUCUGUGACACUGAUGGGUCACGGUACGGGUGCAGCCUGUGUCAACUUUUUGAUCCUAUCACCUAUAUCUAAUGGUUUAUUCCAUCGAGCCAUUUUGAUGUCGGGCUCAGCAUUAUCGGAUUGGGCUAUGACAAAGAAUCCAUUGCAAUACACACUACAAGUAGCCCAGAGUAUAGGCUGUAAUCCCAGUUCAAAGAAUCUGAUGAGUUGUCUACAAAUAAACCAGCGCGGAUUAUCAGAGAUCAAGAAGGUUCAGAUAUUGGCGAGAGAAUUCGAGACGCCUCUAGGUCCCACGGUAGCCGGUAAUUUCAUAACCAACGAGCCUAAGGAGACGAUGGAGUCUUUUCCUAACUUGUUGAGCAGAUAUCAACUUCUAAGCGGAGUGACAGAAAUGGAGAGCUAUCACGAUUUCGGGGUCAUUGAACUCGACCAUGGUAUUCUAGAAAAUCAAAGGGAUGAUUUUAUUGUCAAAUAUAAUAAAAUUAUUUUCGAAGGGGCUGGUAGAGAGGCAUUGAAGGAUAUAUUGAAACAGUAUUCACCAUCGAAACUGGACCCUCAGCGUUGGAGCGUAGAAGCUAACAGGGAUGUGAUAUUAAAUAUAUUCAGCGACGCCAGAACUCUUUCUCCAGCCAUCAAUUUCGCGAACUACCAAUCAAAAGCCAAUAGACAAUCGUAUUUCUACGUAUUUGGACACAAUUCUGUCAGCACAGACUAUGCACCGUUAAACAAAAGCGUCCACGGCGAGGAAUUGCCGUAUGUAUUGGGAGUACCUCUUGGCGGUGCGAAUACGCACUUCCAUACAGAAUAUACGCAGAAGGAGAAGCUGUUGAGUGAAGUAAUGAUGAGAUUGUGGACGAACUUCGUAAAAAUCGGUACGCCCAACACACAAAGCGUGAAUAAGUACUUCACGUUAGACCACAAACACUGGGGUCAGUACAAUGUGGAAUGGCCGGAGUACGAUGUCGAGCAUCAGUCGUAUUUGAAGUUGGAUAUACCACCGUACAUCAGCAGUCUGUAUCGUUCGAACUACACGAACUUCUGGCUUGAGACGUUACCUAAAAAGAUGAGGAGGUUCCUUAUUGAUCCACUACUCGAGUACACUCCUAGGCCGACCACACAGAAACCUAAGUCAACACACCGUGUCCCAGAUCCAAUCCAAAAAAUAUGGAAGCCUCAAGUGGCGGAGCCUCCUCGAUAUAGUGCUCCUACAUAUGGUAGGGUUCGAUUGUACUCUCCUCCGGAGACGCGAUCAGAGCCAGAUAUAAUAUAUGGGCAGACACAGUCAAUGAAACCCAUUCCACGUACAGUACCACCGAAUUUAAUGGACAAAGCAGUUCAACCUACUGAGAAACCUCUAAAUCCUAAUUUACCAGUAAAGAUGUCUGGCGCUACUGUAACCCUUAUUAUAUCACUCGGUAUAUUAUUCUUAGCUGUAAAUGUAGGUAUAUGUUCCAUAUUAUACUUUAAGAAACGUAAGUUACGUAUUCGAGAGCAAGCUUUUGAAAUCCCUCGACAACCUCGUGCAGAUGUCGGGGAAGUUGAUGUAAUAGGACAAAAAGGUUCCAAAGAUGACAAAAGUGCUUUACAGACGUUUAAAAAUGGUUGCAGCGUUAUAAAGUCUAUGAGUUUUAAUAAAUUACGUGAUAAAAAAAAGCACAAGAAAAAGUCGGAACCAUGUAAAACACCUAAGUCUGAUGAUUCAGGAGGAUUUAGAGAAAGAUUUCAAUUGAGAAGACAUCUAUCUACUAGCACAUUGGAUGCGCAUACAAAGGUAAGAGACUGGAUUGCUAACGAAGUUAUGCAUAGAUGUUCUCCAGGCAUUAUGAGGAAAUCAAACUCCGAUUUAAACAACGACAAAAUGUUGACUGUAAUUAAACCUUUUACUAGAUCCGAAGAAUUAUUAUCCGAUGUAAAGCGUUCUAAAAAAGAAGUCAACAAUGUUGAAGAUGUGAAUUCAACAAAUAAUGCUUACAGAAAAUCUGGUAACAAAACAAGAACGUCUGAGAAAACCACUUCAACAUCUGCCCUAGACUCACACUCUUCUAUAGGAAGCAACAAAAAUUCAACAUUGAGUAUAAAACAGACUAGAAAAUCUAGUGAUUCUCUCAGAAGCAAGGGAACAGAAAGUAUUAAAUCAAAGAAAGUAUCUGUAGCAAUCGACGCUACACCAGCUGCACGUACAAACUCUAUACUAAAACAAGAGCCGAUAGAAAUUUAUAAAUCAUUUGACUGUGGAGAAACAAGGCAUUCCAAUAAUGAAAAUAUACUAGAAAAAUCUAGAACUGAAGACGAUAUUAAUUUGAAUAUAGUACAAAAUAACCCUGUUGAUGAAAUUAAUGAAACAAAAACAUAUACUAACGUAGUAAUGUUGUCAGUUGACCAAGAAAAACCGUUAAGAAUUUCUCACAAACAUUCCUCUUCAGAUCCUGUAACUGAUGUUAACUAUGAUAAACUUAUGAAAGAUAAAAGAGAGUGUGGUAAUCAAAUUAUUAAUAUCCUUCCUCCUGUUACUUUUAGAAAUGAUAUAAAUGUAACAUCAUAUGAUGAACGUACCAAAGUUGAACCUUUGACUGCUGAAGAAGCUUUAUUAACUAUAAAAAGAAGAAACUUUCCGAAAGUACUUCCAGAUUUACCUAAAACGCAAAAACGAUUAUCCUUACAACCUACUAGUUUACAAACAUUUCGAAAUUAUAUUGAAAAUGCAGAUAAUCAAUGUGAUCGCCCUAAAGUCCCACCACAGCCUCCUCCUAGAACAACAACGUUAGAUCGUCGCCUUGCUUACAGAAAUACAAAACCUUUAAACUCUUUCGAUUCCUUUAAAUCCAGUAAAAUAUCGGAAACAUAUAAUUCUGAUAAUAAUUAUGAAAAUAUUGAUUCUUUAACACCACAUUACGACUCCAGUCAAACAAAUAUCAGACUACCUGAUUCUAUCACGCAAAAAAGUCCAACUGGUUCAGUAAUAACAACACCAAUAGAAAGAGACUAUCCUAAAGUGAUAAUAGCAUCAAGUAACAUUCCAUUAUUACAAGAUCCGAGGAUAAUUAUAAAAGCCCCCUCAAGUCAAAUAGAAUUACCAUCUAAUAUUCCCAGAAUAAGAUUACCUGAUGAUUUUCAUUCUCAAGCAGGUUCCAUAACAUCUUUUUCUUCAUUCUGUUCUGAUGACGAAGAAAAUAUAGAUGACGAAGAAGAAGAAGAUUUCUUAGAUGAUCUCACAGAAGACAAACUUAUAAAAGAAUUGGUUGGUGGAAUAGAAUCGCCAACUAAUAUGAGUGAAACGUUGUUAGAUACUAAAGGGCCGGAUACAAUAUUUGAAAAAAAAUUAGAGAUCGUACCAGUAAAAAUAAAUAAGAGAGAAGUUGCUCCUAAGAGCAAUGAAGAUUAUAUUUAUAUAUCUGAUUUGCACUUACCUGGUAUAAGUGAAUUAGAUAAAACGGCCCAAAUCAAACCAAAUUUUAGUUUAAAUAAACUUCAACAUAGAACAGAAAGUAUCCAUAGGCCCCCAGAAAAGGCUGUAAAAUUAAAACCAAAACGAUCAAUCAAGCCUGCUUCAAUUUUGUCUAAAAGUAUUAAAGGUAAGAAGGGCAGUAAUAAAAGCAAAAGCAGUUCUAGUACAUUGGAGUAUUCAAAUUCCGGAUCUUCUAAUGACACAGAAACAAGUACUGGCACGGUAAAAAAAAUUGAAAUAAAGAAAGAUUUAAAACCUUAGAGAAUAUAUAUGCGGUAUAUAUACAGAUGUUCCAGCAAGAUUAUAAAGUAUGUUAAUUAAAUUUAUUUCUAUCCACAUGAAUACCACGCCAAACAUAAUUGUAAUGCAUUUAAAAUAUACUAU